UCUUACAGUGAAUAACGGCACAGGUGCGUCUGGAUGUCCGUGCGCAAUCUGAUGUCGAUUCCGAGUCCCACUGCGUGCGAGUUCAAGUGAGCGACGCUUUUGCACGAAGGGCUGGCUCGCGGCCAGCCAACGGAAGCGGGGCACGGACGGACUCGCUGAUGUCUGGAGCUGAUGGAAGCGAACGACGACGUGGUUUUCUGCAACGACACCGGACGAUCGGAGCUGGUGCGUGGACGUGGACGGCAGGUUCUGUGAUGGGGAGCAGCGUGGAUGCGUAGCCGCGAACAGAGAUUGUUUACCCACUGCUGCCCCGAAACCGCUCACCAGCAUCUGCUCAAGACAUCAGAGGCACGUUUUUAUUUAUUUAUUAUUUUUGAAUGAUCAAAGCAGCCAGGAAGCACGGAUGGACGACGAUGCCUGCAAAGCUGCUCCCUGGAGAUAAUUGAGGAUAAACAAAACCACUUGCUGAUCGAAGCUCUUCUUGUUGGGCGCUGAUGAAAAUGUGGCACUGUUGACUGACGGGGUCACAGUGUCAGGGAAGACACCGGCCGGCAGCUGAACUGUGGAGGCCCGAUGGCUCGUCCUGGAUCAGGGAUGCUGGUGCCUGUCAACGGUCUGGGCUACCCGCCUCAGAACCUGGCCCGGGUGGUGGUCUGGGAAUGGCUGAACGAGCACGGGCGAUGGAGACCCUACAGCGCCGCCGUUUGCCACCAUAUUGAGAAUGUCCUGAAAGGGGACGCGAGAGGAACUGUCGUCCUGGGACAGGUGGACGCUCAGCUUGCUCCGUACGUCAUCGACCUGCAGUCCAUGCAUCAGUUCCGACAGGACACAGGAACCAUGAGACCAGUGCAGAGGAACUUCUACGAGCCUUCGUCAGCGCCAGGUAAAGGCGUGGUGUGGGAGUGGGAAAAUGACAACGGCUCGUGGACGCCGUACGACAUGGAGAUUAGCGUGACCAUCCAGAAUGCUUACGAGAAGCAGCACCCCUGGCUGGACCUCACCUCUCUUGGAUUCUGCUACCUCAUCGACUUCAACAGCAUGUCCCAAACAAACAGGCAGACCCAGCGCAAGCGGCGACUUCGCCGGCGCAUGGACCUGGCGUACCCGCUCAUCAUGGGCUCCAUCCCCAAAUCCCAGUCCUGGCCUGUGGGCGCCAGCUCGGGACAGCCCUGUUCCUGUCAGCAAUGCAUCCUUGUCAACAGCACCAGAGCGGCGUCCAAUGCCAUCCUCGCCUCACAGCGUCGGAAGCACCACGGCGGUACCGCGGCCAAUCAGGGAAACGCGCCAACAGCCGUCCGGCAGAGCAACACCUUUGCUGGGACGUCCCUCUGGUCGCCGACGACCGCCUCCUCCGGCACCAACAACAACAUCAACGUCGGAAGCGGGCCGGCCAAAGCCGAGCAGGUGCAGUCACCUCACUCAACCGCCAACUUCCCCUGCUCCCCCGUGAUGCCUUCGCUGACCGGCCACCAUGCGCUCACCAUAAACGGACAGAACAACUUGAACCGCCCGGGCACUCAGCGCAUUUCCAUGGGGACAGCCAGAGGCACCAUCCCACCAGGAGUUCCAGCACUCCCAGUGAAGAACCUGACUGGUUCCGGACCAGUUCACCCGGCAUUAGCAGGUAUGACCGGUAUCCUGAUGUGCGCUGCAGGUCUACCCGUCUGUCUCACCCGAGCCCCAAAGCCCAUCCUGCACCCACCACCCAUCAACAAGAGCGACAUGAAGCCUGUGCCGGGGAUCAAUGGCAUGCGGCGCAAAACCAAGAAGAAGCACCUGAGGAGAGGAAAAAACCCGGAGGAUGUGGUGCGCAGAUACACAGAGAAGAUUAAAGUGGCUCCAGACGAGGACUGCACCAUCUGCAUGGAGAGGCUGGUCAUGGCGUCCGGCUACGAAGGCGUCCUGCAGCAGAAGGGCAUCAAGCCAGAACUGGUGGGAAAACUUGGCAAGUGCGGGCACAUGUACCAUCUGCUGUGCCUGGUGGCCAUGUACAACAACGGCAAUAAGGACGGAAGCCUCCAGUGUCCAACGUGCAAGUCCAUCUACGGGGAGAAGACUGGGACCCAGCCUCCUGGGAAGAUGGAGUAUCACGUCAUCCCGCAUUGCCUCCCCGGCUACCCAGACUCCAAGACCAUCCGCAUCGUCUAUGACAUUCCUGCAGGCAUUCAGACCAAUGAGCACCCGAACCCUGGGAAGAAGUUCAGCGCCAGAGGUUUCCCGCGACACUGUUAUCUCCCGGACAACGACAAAGGCAGGAAGGUCCUCAAGCUUCUCAUCAUGGCAUGGGACCGUCGCCUCAUCUUCACCAUCGGCACCUCCAGCACCACAGGCGAGUCGGACACGGUGGUGUGGAAUGAGAUCCAUCACAAGACGGAGUUUGGCUCCAACCUGACGGGUCACGGCUACCCGGACCACAACUAUUUGGACAACGUCCUGACUGAGCUUGCGGCACAAGGGGUCGGCGAGGAGAACCUGAAGGACUGAGAGUGGUCUGAGAUGAAACCAGUCAUGUGGCGGUUAAGAUCAAUAUAUUUGAUUUGAAGAACCCCUCUGCUUUCUCCUCAUAAUGCCUCAAGCAUGUUCAACUCAUGCAAAUUUUGGGCGGAGGAACGACUAGCUGAGAUUUUUUUGUUGACAUUGUUAACAAUUUUGGGUUUAACCACGAGUUUGGUUCCACUGCACUACAGCUGAAAGAUCAAGGCCCGCGCCAGAGCUGUCUUUUGAAUGUUGAACCAAAUCUGCAAUAACUUUUAGUGCCGAACUUCUCAAGACUAAAUUGUUAGAACAUGACAUCCUCCAGCGCUAUUCACUACCUGGUGAACAUUAGUGAGAAGAGCUGUGUACUAAAGGUUCCGUAGUGCAUGAACUAGUGAGCGAAAAAGGCUGAGAAUCAUUGCUGCUUGCUGUCGUGUGUUGUCGUGUUUGUGAGAGGAUCUAGGCAGGCAGAGCGUAGCAACAUGAAUGUCGUAGGUUGUGUGGUUGCUGCACUCCAAGGUUGAACUCAUUUGUUUUGUUGACACAGUAAUGACGCCGACCUCGGUGAAUAUCAAACGUGCGUUAUUUUCCUAGCUGGGGCAAAUGUUGACACCGGCACGAUCCAUCAAGCCUGUGCUCCAAGGCAGUUAUUAUCUCCAGCCUUCUCCUCAAGGAGAAGAGCCCCACAUGCCUCCAUUGGAUGGCGCUUUCCCUCUGAGAUCCAUUUAUGGCUACAUGCCUGCCUGCGAUCUCCAUCUCCCUCGUGAGCUUAUUUGCUGUCAGGCAACGCGCCGGCCUCCUGCUUCCAGCGCCAAAACAUCUUUCCGCCUUCCAGAAACCAUGCAAAUCGUAGCUCCGGCUUCGAGCUACAUUUUCCUCACCUUAUCGUCGCCAUCAGAUCUAGUACCCACGAGCUCCAGCUGAACUUGGAACUCUACGAUACCAUCAUAACUCACCAUAAAUAUAUGGGAUCAGUUUCAACACGCAGGAUAUUGAUGUCAGGUUUAUCAGGUUGGCGACCGCGCUGUGGAAUUCACGAGAAGGCCAAUCACAGUCUUCCACUGAACUUUGAAGCAACAGAUUUAUUUAAAAUGUCUUUAAUGCAUUGGAAUCUGUUUCCUUUUUUUAAGUUUGAAAACAGAUAUGAUGUACCUUAAACAUGUAAGCUCACUUUCUGGAGUUUAUGCUGUACUUUAUUUUUAUACCGAUGUAAAGACGAGUGGCCCACAUAUCUACACAGAGGCACAUGAAUAUAUAUAUAUAAACUGGCAAAUAGUAUUUUGUCGGAAUGUCAGGGAUCGUUGAAAUAUACAUAUAUAUAUAUGACAUGUUAUUGACGUCUAAUAUUACAAGUAGUGCUCGCGUUUGCUGCUGUCGUCCAUGUAGAGUCUGUGUAGUGGAGCCGCCGUGGGACCGGCGAAUGCGGUCAAGGUGUUUCAUCACCGUCGCUGGGGGGAGGGGGCGAGGGAGUUUUAGCCGCAUGGAAAAGGCUAUUCCUUUUUUCAAAUUGGCAAUUGCUCUUUUCUGCUGGUCCAGAACUGGUUUGGUCAGCAUUUCCUGUUGGCCCGACGGGGUUAAUAUCAGCUGCAAUUAUUCAGCGUGAGACGCUGCGUUGGCUGCUGUCUGGCGGAGCACAUUGUUAAGACUCAGAAAUCAUUUCAUGUGUUUUGGACUGUUGUGGAGCCCGGCUCUACUCAUCUGUUACUUAGAUAGGAGAAGAUGCGCCAGUGUCUCGAUUUAAACUGGUUUGAACGGCUUGAACACGAGGGAGGUAAAGAUGAGCAGACAAGACAAGCGCAGAACGCCUUGACAAUUUUCCCUCCUCAUUUUGGAAAUGAUUACUUUCAUCAUUACUGGUGAAUUUCUUUUGGAUUUAAAGUAUUUGUGGAAUAAAACUGAUGUAGUUAAAAGGCUUGUCAAGUUCUCCAUCAGGCCAGCAAUAUAAAUACCUGUGCUUGCGAUGUCAGUUCCUGUCUCACAGCAGCGUCCGGUAGAAAGCAUCACUCGUGCUUCACGACUGACAAUGCACUGCAACAGUUAUCACUGUUGGAUGAGCCAAAGCUCAAUUUGAUUCAUUGAGAUUCAGAAAAUUCAAGCCUGUUUGACUCAUUUUUGAGAUCAACUUUGACUCUCCGUAAUGUUCCGGGUGUGUCCAGGACAGCAGAGUGAGCAGCCACUCCAUUUGCUUUUUACUUUUUCUGGCAAUUUUUUAUUUUUCCGUCGACGAUGAAAAUGAGCUCAACCUGUUGCUAAGCUUAUUUCAAUGUAUCAUAGCAGUAAAAUGAGCUUUCUACUUGUCACAAGGAGCGUUUUGAAUGAAAACCUUUGACUUGAACUGUCGAUCAUCCAGUAUUUUUUUUCCAUAAAACGAUCCAAACAAUCGCUUUAACAAAUGGCAUAAAUGUGGCUUCAUCUAAUUAACUAUUGUAUCUCAAGUCACUCUUAACUUCACUGGUAGUUUUCAUGGAUUUACUUGAUGCGUCAUGAAAAAGGGAACCAUUCUUUCUGACGCCCUCAGCAGUGGAGGGCAGCAGGUAGUGAGAAUGCUUCGAAACUAUCAGGGACUUUUAAAGAUCGAGUGUUUCAUUCCUGGCAGAAACCCAAAUAUCUAUUCCUGUUGGCGUCGGCCUCGAAGUACCAGCGAACGCCGGCCCUUUUUCAGGUGUGUACAGAAUUAUUCGGCACUGGGGGAUUUGACAGUGUUCGUCUGAUGAACCGAGAGGAAAUGGUGUUUAUGCAAUUUCAUAGUUUUAGAACAUUUACUUGUAGCAAAAGGCAGAUUUGUUUCUUUUGAUUUGUCUUUAUAGGAAGUGUCCAUGCUAAGUGAGGAGGUUCCAAGAAUGUUUUACAAAAUAUAUAUUUUUUAUUACUUUUAUUGACCAGUUGCAUAGAAUUGCUGUAUUUCUCUUCAUAUCUAUAUUCAGUUUCAGAGUGAGAAGGGAUGAGAUCAACCCAAAUCUUCUGUCUUUUAACGCUCAUGUAACAUCUGGUGUGGAUAUAGUUGUGUCUCAGUCUGUGUGGAUGUGAGGCGAGCGCGCCGGUCAGAGGUCGGUGUCCUAUAAAAGAUGCAGUAACGUUGCAUGUUAACCAUUCUGUGAGCAAGCUAGCUGACGUCGCAACUCAAACAUUGUAGUAUCUUCGGAAGAGUCACGUGGCUCAGCACUGUGGUCUGCAUCUCAACUCCAGCUAGGUAGAGACGUAUUUGUUUUUCGAGAGAGGACGGCGCAGCGUUUGGCUGCCCGCCUCGAUCGCCCUGACGUGUGGACCAUCGGCGCGGUUUCCGUUCUGGGUGCCCAUUAGGACCAUGUGUUUGUGGUUUGAUUUCUAUGGAUCAGUCUCCACGUAUUGCUAUUUUCAAAGUGAGAUGUUACCAGAGACAUUUAUUUAACUAUAAAGGGCUUCUUAAUCUACCAGUCGGUUGUGAUGAUCAUGUUGCAUGUCUGUGUGUUUCUCGUGGAAAAUAAACGUGCCCGCACCAGGGCCCCUUCAGCGCCCCUGUCGUCCUUUCCUGACUC